AUGUCCGGCUUCCGCCAAAACCAGCCUCGUUCGAUGGACAAGAUGGGUUUACACGACGAUGCCAACUCGAAGCAACCGAGCUACUGCAGUUACAGACAUAUAUCUAUCAGCGACUGGGUCACGUCCCUAAGGCAGAACCGCCAGAUUAUGGGUAUAAUAUACCUCGUCGCUCCAUGCCUCGUCGCCGUCACCACAGGGCAGCUCGGGUCGCAAGAUCUCCUAGAUCCCGUACAGCGCUUCCGGAUCCCCAAAUUUCCAAAAAUCCAAGCAGCAGAGGUCGAGGCCACUGGGCUCAUCCCGCACAGGAUAUGGCAGAUCAACCUGCCCAAGCCCAGCUUCUUGUACACCCUAGUCGGGCAGAGGGGCGGCGACAAGUUCGUAGACACUCACUCCACGGCCAACCCAGCCCUCCUGAGCGCCCACCACGAGCUCCAAAACAAUGGCAUGAAGUCCGAUCUCCGGCGGUACCUCCUGCUGUCCGCCCAGGGCGGCUUGUACACCGACACCGACACCCGCUGUGCCACCGUUAGGUUAAUCGGCGACCAGCUGCCCGGCGCUUUCCGAGACGGACGGCGGCAGCACGACGCCGGCCCGGAGUCAGCUGAGCGAGAGCUCGACAGCGACAGCGCGAUGGCACCCAAGGCAGAUGGAACGGGCUCAGCUUUCCGCAGCCGCAACAGCAGAGAAUUGCCAGCGCAGCCGUCACCAGCAUCGUCCCCGAACCCGACAGCGCGUUGGGUAAGAGGCAGAGAGCCCAUGCAUCGCAUGAACCAGCCAGGCAAGAUUGAAAUCGUAUACUGA